AGUCGCUUGCAUUGAGUGGCAUUAAAUUCAAUUAGGGAUUAAGUUCAAGUUUAGCGUUACGAACGCAACAAACGCUAUGUAUCUAAGCUUUUUGUUAAUUAUUUGCUAUAAUCUGCCGCUUCUGUUGCGUGCUUGCCCCAUCUAUCUGACCAUUUCGCUUGAAAGUAAAACCUUACAGGAUGCUAACCUUGAAAUAAAUUGGGGCCCCGAAUGCCAUGAUCAUCCCGAGUGGAUUGGCAUCUUCAACGAAGACCCCUCUACGGCAUAUGUACAUCCCGAGGCACGUAUAACUGAUAUAAACAAUUCUUCCGGUAAGGUCUUGACCAAUGUGAAUGUUGGUAAAUUACGAUUUCCGUUCGGUUGGAAUAUCAAUGAUAUUAAUACGGUGCCCAUCGAAUAUCCCAAAGGGAAAUGCUUACCAUAUUAUGUAGCCAGUUUUAAUGGUAGUGAACUACUGACGGUAGAAUGCUUAAAAAUACAACCGAACUGGAUGUCGAAACUGGAACAUAUUGCACAAAUGCCAUUGAAGGACAUUUUCAUACCAGGUACCCAUGCCUCUGGCGCUUAUAUCAACAACUCAGCAAAAACCAAAUCAGUGCUGGUUAAAGAUUAUGUAGUUGCGCAGCAAUUUGAUGUCUGGUCGCAAUUGGUAUUUGGCAUACGCUAUUUGGAUUUUAGUAUUGGCUUUGACAAAAUCGUGGACGUCUACGAUACAAGUAUUGGUGACAAUUUUUACAUUGUCAACGAAAACAAAUUCGUUCAACCGUUAAGAAAUGUUUUGAAAGAUGUACGGCGGUUUGUUAAACUCUCCCAUGAGGUAGUUAUAUUGGACUUCAGCUGCUUUCCAAUAGGCUUUUACAAGCAUCCCGAGCGUCAUAGUAAUCUACUGCAUUUGUUGCACGAAGAAAUCGGUGAUGUUGUCUACAUAAGAAACACCAGCACCACUGAGGGAUCAAAACAAUGCUUUGAGCUUACCAUCGACGAGAUUAGAAAGAAUAAUAAAUAUAUAAUAAUUCUAUAUCCAGUACAGGAGUUACCAUAUCCUGAAAGUGAAUCGAAAAUGUUAUGCCCCAAUUGGAAACGUUUCUCAACUGCUUUUAUGAAUACCUCACAAGUGCUGGACUAUAUGCGUUUGUUGUUCAGCAAAAAGGACACAUCACCAGUGCAAAAUGAAGGUUGGGUGUUUCAAGCCACACGCAGCAUGGAACAAUCACUGAACAACAAUAAGCUGGAGAAAGCCAAAGAACGUGCUGCCAUUUUGAAUCCGAAAGUUAGUAGCUGGCUUAAGGGCCCUUGGAGUUUGACCGCAAACGUUGUGGCACUUGAUUAUUUCAGCAAUACAAAUAUUAUCGAUGUGGCCAUUUAUGCAAAUAUGCAUAAAGCUUUCAAUAUGGCCAAUAAAAACUUUAUAAACUUUGAAAUUGUUAGUAAUUAAAUCAUGCAAAAUAUUUAUAUUAUUAUUUAAGUAAAUAUAAAUUACAUGCACACAUAUCGUUCGCUUGCUGCAAGACUGUAAGAAAUCAAAAUAAAAUACUUGAAAGAGCGUAAUUUUAAGCUUUCAGUUGGUGGCUCAUUGUAGGCCGGCUUUGAUCGACAGCUUUAAGGCGAACCCUAUUUUGUUUCCUUGUUCACUCCUCCCGGUAGCAUAGCGCCUCGACAAGACUUAUCUUGCGUUGGUUUCGUUAAUCUAUUUGAUUUCUGGCAGGGUAGGUGAUUAGCCUAUCUACACAUAUACGUUCAAUAAAUGCCACGAUAUUUAGACCACAAUACUGGAUUGUGAUAGUUAUUGAACGAGUGGGGCAAAACAUUGUUGGAGUAUGAACGGGAUCCCAAAAUAUUAGAAAAAAAAAUUUAAAUCUUAUCCGUCGUUUUCGAUCAUAUUGAACGUAAAAUGCGAAUAUCUUCAGCAAUCAGUGUCGAUAAUGAUAACAAAUGACAAAAUCCAUUUGAAGUCAUUUAUUUUCAAUUUCAAACCUUUUGAAAUUUCCUGUUCAAUUAUUAAGGAAAUACGGAUUUAAUAAAUACUGAGUUUGAAGGUUUUAUCACGAGCUGAACGCAAUCCCUCAAUAUGCAAUUUAUUUCGUCAAUCCAAAAACCUCGAUGUUUAACGAACGUAUGGCGUUCGCUUGAAAAACUUGACAGAGAUGUAUGAAAGUUAGAGCUCAGUUGAAAUUUGAUAAGGUCGAGCCAAGGAGCACCAGGAGAUUUUGUGGCUCCUAAAAUACGCAGGCUAAAAAGCUCAUUGAAUUUAGAGUUCUGCAAAGAGGGUAGAUUGUCAACGGAGAAAGGAGAAAAGUAUCAGAGAAAGAGCUAGGAAAGAAUAGAGACAGAGACUGAGGUAGUUAGUCCCGUGAGAAUUUUCCAGAUUCUUUGGCAAAUCUGUAGAUAUCCUCCUUCCACGAUAUCGGAACCCAAAACUGGUAGCCGUGCUCUAGCAAAGGCAGGACACUCACAGAGAAAGUGCUCAGUGCUAUCCGCCUCCUCCAAGCACGACAGGUACAUUGGGUCCUCAAUGAUUCUAAUGGUGAUCAUAUGCUGACCCCAUGGGUUGUGUACUGUAAUAACGCCGACCAUCAACCGAACGUCUUUCCUUCCAAGUUUUAGUAGAAAGUUUGAUAGUUUUCUGUUCGGACUUGUCACAAAACACUUUGCAGUUCUGCAGCGUUCUAGACCGGACCAUCGCUAUUUAUGUAAAUUGCAUACAAAAUCGCUGAUCCAGUUCAUGAUUCCUGCAGAACUGAUUCCGAUUAUUGGCUCUGGCCCUUGUGGGGCAACCGCUAAUCCACGGUUGGUCAAUUCAUCGGCAAUUUCGUUUCCUUGAACACCGGAGUGUCCUGGAACCCAUAUAAGUGCAAGCCUUUUUUGUCUUGCGACAGAAUUAAGCUUCUUCUUACAUUCUUGAACAAUCUUUGAGGCUUGCUUCGCGUUCUCCAAGACCUUCAGUGCAGCCUGAUUGUCACAGAAAACUUCAAUCUGUUUCCCGCUCCAUCUUCUCUCGAAUAUCCAUUCGGCUACUUUUAGGAUAGCAAAAACUUCUGUUCGGAAAACAGUUGCCAUUUCCUCCAUUGCAAAGUGAUACUUAUUACUAUUUCAUUCUUGGACCCAUCGAUAGAGCUCAGUUAGUGUAGACUUAAUUUACGUAACUUAACUUAAUAUUUUGCCCAACCUAUUAUAUGGAGAGUUAUGUAGCAGUUAGUUAUAACUUAAGAAAUUCAAGAGGCUGCUAUGUUCGAUUCUUGAGUUUCGGUCUUACCUAAAUUGAGAGCGCGCUUGGCAUUAUCUUCGGUAUUAUAAGUCUUAAAAAUAAAUGAUUGAAUGUAUGAAUAAAUUGCUUUUGAAAUAUCUGGCAUUGAAGGAAGCGAACUGUUAAAACGCCAAUUUGCACGAUGACUUUUCGUCCUGGGGUUUUGGCACAUUCUCUUCUAAAGAAUCUUUCCUUGCGUGUUUUUGACGUUUAAAUAGAUAAUUUUUUUUUGCCAUUCAUUCGUCGAGCGCUGGCCCUAAGUGCACUUGAAUAAAAAUACGAAAAUGUGAAUUCGAUGAAAACGAAAUGUCAGAAAAAAACACUCGAUUUCGCUGAUUUCGUGCGCCUACCCCGUUGAUUUCUCUACGCUUUUUGACACCAAGCUCGACGCGCAGGCCUUUCCACCUAGGGUGAAAAAUUAUCAUGGUAAUUGGCUGAAACAGAUGUAACGAAAGGUACAGAAGCGAGACAUUGACGUCUUAGUAAUCGGUGUCAAUUUCGUAAGUUAAGUUAAGCUAAGCCUACACUAACUGGGUUUUUGCCAAAUGAUAGCGUGAAGCGGUUCAAAAUUUCGAUAGGGCAGAGUUUUUUGAAAUUUCAAUGUUUUCAAUUAUUUUUGUCAUUUCUCAGCUGAAAUAAUUUACUCAUGUAAUCAAUUAAUUAUUAAUAAAGUUAUUUAAGAAACAAAAGUUCUGCCUAUUUAAAUGUUUUGCUGCUGAUUUCGUUGCUGUAAGUUUUCAAAGUCACCAUUUUGCCACCGAGCUUUCAAUAUAAACGCAAUCUAAAAAAGUAAGCAUGUAAUUUGUAGUUGUAUCUACAUUUUUUUAUUACAAAUAUUUACAUAUAUCUAAAUACAUAUGUAUGUAAUUAUAAUUACCUGCCGAUACAUAUUUUUGGAGUUAUAACAAUCUGGCAGCAUCUGAUGCGAUAUGUUUAAAUUAUUAUUAUAUUAAAUUAUUAAAUUAUUACAUACACAUACAGAUGUAUGUAUGCAUUAUAUUGUAUUAAAAAUUUUUCUUCAUUAAUAUUUAUAUGGAAAUUGAUAAAAAAUAUGCAACACAAAA